CCUCCUGCGGGGCAGCCACAGGAUCCGCUGCACGCAACUGCUCGGCGAGGAACGAUCCGCCGAUCAGAUUAAAACCCAAGAAAGGCCGGCGCUAUACGGAGGAUCGCGGUGGUUUCGCCGUUUAAUAGCAACAGCAGCUUGCGUCGUGUAAAGCUUUGGGAAACGGGCGCCAAUCCCGACGUCACCUUGGCGAUCCGGUGUGUUGGGACAAGUGCGCCGCGAGAACUCAAUGCGAGCGAGUCGGAGAGAGGAAGUUCCCGAGGAGGUCGCAAGCUUCAUCCGAGCCGGAAGCAACGACGGCUCGCAGAAGCGAGUGUCCCGGUGCCCUGGCGGGUUUUAUGCAAACCGCGUCCUUUUUCCACAAGCGAUAUCCAAAGAAGCAGCAGCAACAGAAACCUUGUUUUUUUUUUUAUUAUUUUGUUAUUUUCCUUGCGCCUCAUUUGGAUGCUCCGGCGCGCGCGUGUGUGUGUGCAUGUGUGCCGGCUCGUCUCCACCGUCCCAGUGAAUGCAGGAACGAGUCUAUCAUGACCGCCAGUCGUCCUUUUCUAACUUGCGGAUUGCAGCGGUUCAUUCAUGCAAGUGAAAACGGUCAUCCUUACUGCGCAAUGAGGUGACUUACCAGGCUCGGCGCCAACAAUGAGGGUCCUGGAAGAGGCAUUCAAUGCCUCCAUGCUACUCGUCACCACCGAAGUGUCUGGCGGUGGUGGUGCUUUCGGCGACACCAUCUCCGGAAACGAAAGUGUCGCCAACGUAACCACAAACGCAACCAACGACACAGGUGCCACCACCGACGGCUACCCCGCCUCACCUUACACCCUAGCCGAGAUCGUAGUGCUCGCCACUCUGUCUACUUUGGCCGCCGUCCUCACAAUUAUCGGCAACCUGAUGGUCAUGGUCUCGUUCAAUAUGGACAAGCAGCUGCGGACCAUCAGCAACUACUUCCUGCUCAGCCUUGCCGUCGCCGACUUCUCCAUCGGGGUCAUCUCUAUGCCCCUCAUGACCAUGUACAUCCUCUACGGCUACUGGCCCUUAGGAGCGGUCGCCUGCGACAUCUGGCUCGCCUUCGACUACAUGAACAGCAAUGCGUCGGUUCUCAACCUGCUCGUCAUCUGCUUUGACCGGUACUUUUCGGUGACGCGGCCGUUGACGUACCGAGCCAACAGAACGCCGCAGAGAGCCGCCAUCAUGAUCGCCUUAGCAUGGAUCAUAUCCUUCCUGCUAUGGCCACCCUGGAUCUUCGCUUGGCCGUACAUAGAAGGCGAGCGUACCGUACCACAAGAACACUGCUACAUUCAGUUUCUAGAGACCAAUGUGUACAUCACAUUCGGCACGGCCAUCGCCGCCUUCUACCUACCCGUCUCGGUAAUGUGCGCGCUCUACUGGUGCAUCUGGCGCGAGACGGAGAAGCGCAAGAAGGACUUGGGCAAACUUCAGGAAGAUCGGAGGAAGGGCGGCAGUUCGCGAAAGUCCACAUCGAGCGACGGUACCCUCGAAUCUGAGGACUUCCGCAGCAGCGACUCUACCAAGUCGCGGACGACGACGACGUCGCAACUGGCAUCUACGCUCAGCCUCACUACAUCCAAGAGCUCGCUUCCGGAGGAGUCCAAGACGCGCCAACUUCGCGAUUUCCUGCGAUCCUUGCUUCACGUCGGAAAUAGCAAACGAUACGACGACAACGCAAGUUGUGCAGGAUCGCCCGGUACCCACACGCCGCCCUCUGUCGAGACGUCGGUGGAGUCCGUUUCCACGUCGUUCCACGAGGAGCACCAGGUGGAGUUCAACCCGUCCGGGCGUCAGGGAAACGGUGGCGAAUGUGGUGUGGUAAGCAUUCCUGCGUCCGACCAUGGUGGUCUUCCAUGCAACGAGAUUCCGGAGGAUGCCACGGUUGCCUUGCCACCGGCAUCGCGUUCAUCCGAUUCAGUCUACACGAUACCCAUUGAACCAGUGGCGCUGCCGUCACUACAAGAAGAGCCGGCGCAGACCUGCGCUUCUCCCACCGUCGAGGAGGACACAGAGAAGCCCGACCCAGGCAGAAUGCCGUCUUCAGAGAAGGCGGCGGCACCUGAGGACUUAGCGACGGCCAAACAGGUAGCAGACACCGGCUUGGAAUCUAUUAGGAAACCGCUCACGACCAGUGUGGUCCAACGCCAGCCGGUGGUCGCCAAGCAGCCACCCGUCCAAAGCAGGAAAGCGAAGCAGCAGGACAAGAAGCAAGACCAGAAAGCUGCCAAGACGCUCAGCGCCAUCCUGCUGGCCUUCAUCAUCACCUGGACGCCGUACAACGUGCUGGUGCUCGUCAAGACCGUGUCUUCCAGCGACGACGCCAUUCCGGUGCACCUGUGGAACUUUGGCUACUACUUCUGCUACAUCAACAGCACGGUGAACCUGUGUUACGCGUUGUGCAACGCCAACUUUCGUCAGACGUAUAUCCGCAUUCUGACUUGCAAGUGGCGCAACAGGCGGCGGACCGCUGUCACCCGACGCUUGAACUGAACAGUGCUCCAACUCUUGCGCAACUCGACCACAGUCAAUGCGGCAGCUCUUCAUAUCGAACUGCCCUUUAGCAUCACUUGUGCCUGUGGUAAGUGCAACAUCAGUGUCAUUUUCCCUGUCUUACCACGGCUACCAGUCUGGGAGCGUUUGAAGAAAACUGACUUGCACCUCUCCUCAAGUCCGCAUUGGUUGAAGAACUUCUUGCGUCGUACGGUUGCCGUGCUUUCAAGCACAUGAGUAUCUAAAGAACUGCGAGCCGACGGCUGGUCCUGGGUGCCUUCGACGAAGAGCGAUAUUGUUCAUCGGAGGGAGUCCUUAAAGACCAUCAACAACGAGCGCAGUGUUUCGUGCAACCUAUGUGCUUACGGGUCUGUUUUGUGUUGUUGUGUGAAGAGUCUGGUGCUUACAUUAGGGCUUCCUGUGCUUUUUACAUUGUGCAAUUCCUUGCUAGGAGGCUUUAUGCAGAGGAGUGUGACAACAAGAACCGCGAUGACCGAUGGACAUUGUUCGACCUAAAGCAGCAUCACGUGAAACGUAGAACUGUUCGUGCAUGUGGUGUGUGUGUAUUGAAUAUAUGUUUGUCCCGCGUCCUUUAGUGAAACGCAGGUAGACUGAUGUAGAGUAAGUGCGACUAGUACAGCCUAGUGACAAAGACAGUGCUGGUGACUCAUCUUUCAGGAGGGGCCGUUUGUACAUAUGCGCACAUUUUCCUCCAUUUACUGAAGUUCUCGUACUACCAAGUGAACAGUCUGCUUGUCGCAAAAAAAAGGCCGAAAGUUGACUGUCGAAGCCUGUAAGAAAUCUCUCAAAUGAGGCCUCAAUAUCGCAGCCAUAUUUUUUGCUUGCAACAAGAGCUCCCAUCACUCCAUUUGCUCAUAGGGAACACGUGUGCAAAGCUACGACAUACUGAAGCGUUGACGCUACGAACGUCAUUUCGACUGGUUUUAUGGCAGUUUUAAAGAUGUACACUGACUGGAUGCUUCAUUGACGCCGCAUUGUAUCGUAUUCAAAGGUCUUUCUAAUGUCUUUACGAUGCAACAAGAUGGCAUUCGAGAUUACUUUGUGCAGUGACAUCUCGAGCUUCACGUCAAAGAGCACGGCACUGAAAGAUUUCGUGGCAUUAGUGUGAUCAAUGAAUGCGAGUGUUCCCAGUCAAGCGAAUAGUCAGUUGUUCGAUGUUGCCUUGCGUUCCCUGAGCGCGCGUAACGUAUGCUUACCUCCGUGUUCUGAAAUGUAUAUUAUCUUGAAGCGCAUAUGCUUGACUUGACAUACAUGACACCUGGCGUCAACGUGCCCAGGGCGCUCAUCGCGUUCCUUCGGCGCGUUUACCACAGGCUUCAUGUAGAUCAAGUCAAUUAAUCUCCGUUCGUAUUAGGUCUCUGUGUAAGGAAGUGCGGUUUGUGCAUAUUGUCUGCGUUUUGCAGUGUCAUUGACACCGAUGCUAAUACUCGUCAUUACCCCAUCCUCGAUCAUUCGUGACUUCCGUCGCACCUUGCGCUACUUAACGUACUGUCGGGAGCAGAAUUAGUAGACCACGGCAUCAGACAAAACAAUUUCAAUUUCCUCUGCCACAGAUUGCGUGGCGUCGAGCUGCAUCGAUGCACGGUCACAUUGGUGAAACUGACGCACCUACGUUGUGCCACUUGACUUCAGCCUUCAUGUCUAGGCUUCAAAUAACAAAGCUCUUUUCGCGUUCUCUGUGGUCUC